AUUAUCAUUUUCCUAGUGUGAAAUGGAGUUCAGUUCGAAUGUUCUUUCCAUACUCGAAGACAUUAAAAAGUAGUAGACGAUAAACCGUCUGAUAUAAGAAUCACGAAACAGCCUUCUCUGGCCCAAAAGAUGGAUCCUAGGUUGUUUGAAGCAUCCUACACGGGGAAUGUCGAUCGGUUGUACUCCUUGGUCAAAGAAAAUGUCCUCAUCCUCAAUGCCGCUUCUCUCGCCGAGGGAGACAACCCGCUGCACGUCGCCUCGAUGGCCGGCCACGCGAGUUUUGCCCGAGAAGUCCUGAAACUGAGGACGGAGUUCGCCAAUGAGCUGAACCAGGACGGUUUCAGCCCCCUGCACAUCGCUGCAGCGAGGGGCGACGUGAAUAUGGUUCGGGAGCUUUUGAAAGUAGGCAGUCGCUUGUGCCUUGUGAAGGGGAGAGAGGAAAGGAUUCCUCUCCACUAUUCGGCCAUCAAAGGGAGGGGCGAAGUCCUGAAGGAGCUGGUCUCGGCUUGUCCUGAUUCCCUCGAGGAAGUGACUGCUCGGCGGGAGAGCGUGCUCCACCUCGCGGUGAAAAACAGCCAGUUCGAGGUGUUCAAGUUGCUGGUGCAGCAGCUGAAGUGGUUGAACAAAGAGCACGUCUUGAAUUGUCGGGACGGCCAAGGGAACCAGAUCUUGCACCUCGCGGUGGCUAGAAAGCAAUACGAGGUAGUCGAGUUCCUGGUCUCGGGCGAUCCAAUUGAAAAAGAUCUGAUUGAAGUGAACGCCAGGAACGAGGCUGGUCUAACGCCUCUAGACAUUCUACUGCUCAUUAACAAUGAAACCGGUGAUGUGGAAAUCGCUGAAAUCCUCACGCGAUGUGGAGCCACGAGAGCAACGGGAUUACCUUCUGUGGUGACGGUGGCGACUGAAGACCCAGAACCCCGUACCGGUCAAUCAAACGGACAUCACUUGCAAUCACCCGGACGUCACAAUUCACGCAGGACUUGGACCUCCCGUUGCACAAGUUUCUUGAGGGUCAAGGAAGAGAGAACCCAAUGGUUGGAGUACUUCAAAUACAAAAGAGAAAGGGACUCCCCGGGUGAUGUGCGGAACGCCUUGCUUGUCGUUGCCGCUCUCAUCGCAACCGCUACCUACCAAGCUGUGCUUCAGCCGCCGGGCGGACUUUGGCAGGACAAUUCAGGGCCCUCAAGUAACAGCACCGGUGCCACGAACAAUGGGACCGCAUCGUACAAAGCCGGCCAGGCGGUUUUGGGAACGGAGAACCCAGUCUCGUACAUCCUCUUCCUCAUCUUCAACUCCGUCGGAUUCUUCGCCGCUAUCCAGAUGAUCUACAACCUCACAUUUGGAUUCCCGAUGCAAAUGGAGCUGCAAGUCGCGCUUUUCGCCCUGGUAGCAAUGUACGACACCGCGAUGGUCGGCCUCACGCCCAACACUUCCUUCAACUUCUUCUUCGUCGGUCUGUCGAUAUUUUUGCCGGUCAUAAUCGGCCUCGCACGUCUCUGGGUGAGAACAUGAGCUAGUCCAACGCAUAGGACAUGGUUUAAUUAAGACUAUGAAACAUAUUUGUGUAUUCUUACCUCGGUCUCUUGCAACCUAAGAACUUGAGAGGGAUUGAAUUAUUGUAAAUGAAGCCACCCAUUGUUGAAUAUGCUGGAAUUUAGUCAAUGUGAUGUUUGCCUUU